AGCCCGACGGUGGCAAUCACGACGCCAAAACCCUAGCGACAGGGAGGCUAUCAAUUAGCCGAGUCUUACAGUUUUGUGCUCCUCACCAUCAUGGCCGGCGUGGCAAGGAACGAGCCUCCCAAGCAAGAGGAGAUUCCUUUGCCAGAUAUCGUGCGUCCAAAGGAGCACGACUUUGCACCUAGGUCUGACGACAAUUCGCCAUCGCCGGAGACUCACUCUGCGUCCAAAAAUCGGGCAGAGGUGCGUCUCAACGACGAGGACGAUCAUGGCUUGACGGCGGACUCCGCAAGCGACACGACUGCUACGAACUCUUCGGAUGAAUUUGACUGGGAUGAGCAGGACGAGGAGGAAAAGGAGAAAGCGGCCGAGAAGACGAAGGCGAGGCGAGGGCGGGCAAUCUGGCUGGCGUUCAUGAAGUUGUCGAGAUUCGUCAGGGUGCUGUUGAUCGGUGCAUUGGGUGCUGGCGUUCUCAUCGCUCCUCUGCUCGUGGUUGAGCUACGGUUCAAGAGCAGCGUUGCCCGCCCGCACGCCCACAUGUGGUCGCUCUGGCUGUCUAUCGUCUGGGCUGCUAGUUGUGCUACGUACUUGAUCGUCGACUAUGUUCCCAAGCUGUUCAUGGGGCUUAUCGUGCUCUUCGGCGGAUCCGUGGAACGGCUCCGGACCCAGAUAGAGCUCACUUUGGCUGUAGCGGCGUGGCUCAAGCUAGCACUCGACAUAACUUGGGCUUGGAUUGCCCUGUCUGUUCUUCGUGCCACUUACCAUCCGCCUGGCGGCUAUUGGGUCAUCAUCAAUCGCGUGAUGCAAGCCCUUUUCGCUGCUGGGCUUAUUCUCCUGGCAGAGAAGAUAUUCUUACGUUUUGUUGCCAUCAACUUUCAUCAAAAGGCUCUAGCCGACCGCCUGAGUGAGAAUCGCCUCGGCCUCAAAGCUCUCGACCGGCUCUCCAACGCACAACCCGCCGUGUACAGACGAUCAAAUUACCGCCAGAAGGGCCACAAGAGUCCCGGCUCUGUCCCGACCUCCCAGCCGCCGACACGCCGCAACUCACUCGAUUUGCUGGGCCUACACACCAAGUUUGGAAAACAUCCGAGUCCUGGGGAUGCUGCACCCAGCUCAGCAAGUGGGUCGCCCAUUCAUGAGAAAGGGCACAGCUCGCACGACGGGCAUGCGGACAAGGCAAAGGGCCACCACAGCCAUGUCGAGAAGAAGGUCAAGUCGGCGGACGCGAAGAUGCGACGGAAGAAGGCCAUUGCAUCUGUGGUCGUGGACCAAGUCAGCGGCGCCAUAGGCCAGGUGGCGCUCAAGAACUCUAAGCUGAACAGGGACGUUGGCGGGUUAUAUUCCGCGCGGAAGUUGGCGAGGAAAUUAUUCAGCGCGCUCAGUUAUGCUGAUCCGCCGAGAGAUUAUCUCCUUGUUGAAGAUUUCUACCCGUAUUUCCCGAACACCGCUGAAGCACAUGCAGCGUUUGCUGUCUUCGACAAAGAUGGUAAUGGCGAUAUCACUAAGAAAGAGAUGCGUGAAGCGGUACAAAGAAUUUACCGUGAACGCAAAGCGUUGGUCGCUAGCUUGAAGGACGUCGGCUCCAUUGUGGCCAAGCUCGAUGCCGUUUUAAUAUGCAUCGCACUGCUAGUCAUUUUCUUUAUUUGCUUGCUUAUCUUCAACCGGAAGGACACGCUCUCGUCUUUGGUCCCUCUGGCAACCAUCAUCCUGGGUUUCUCGUUCAUUUUCGGCCAUUCGGCCCAGUUACUGUUUGAGUCGUUGAUCUUCAUAUUUUCCACGCAUGUCUUCGAUGUCGGAGACCUUGUUAUGAUUGAUGAUCAACCUCUAUUUGUCCGCGAGUUUGGUCUCUUCUCGACGACGUUCCGUCGGGUCGACGGGCAGGAGAUCAUUGCUCCGAAUGCUCUCCUAGCUAGCGCCAAGCUUGUGCAUAACAUGCGCAGGAGUAACUCAAUGUGGGAGACGACGAACCUGAUGAUCUCGUACAAUACGCCUCUCGAGUUGAUUGAGCAGCUCCGACAGCGCAUCAAUAACUAUGUCUCGCAACAUAACAGGGAGUGGUCGGGUUGUGGCGUUCACAUCGACAAGAUGGAAUUCCAGAACGCCAUUCACUUGAUCAUUGCGAUGGAACAUCGCCCCAACUGGCAAGAUUGGGGAGGGCGAUGGGCACGCCGCACCGAGUUCAUGCGAUACCUAAAGACAGCGCUGGAGGAGCUCGACCUGAGAUAUACUAUGCCCGUCCAGCCGGUAUUGCUGCCCCGUGGCCCGCCCUUUGGGGCGAAUGGUACGCCGAAUCUGAACUUGCCCCCUCGAUCCCCUCCUGGUCGUAUGGGUAGCCGGGACACCCUGGGCAACGCGGGGUCGUUCCAGGGAAGCGAUUUUAUGCUCCGGGCACCGAGCCGGAGUAUCAAUAGUGAUACGAAUGUGUUCCGGAGGGUUGAAGGUUUGUAGGGUAAGGAGGCUAGUGUGAUAUCCCGCUACAUCAGACUUCUAAAUGC